CCGGUUGCCGCUCACAUGGAGCUCGCGGUGAGAGCGGCGGCAGCUUCCUGCUCCUCCUACCCGUCGUUCCAGCGCGCCCGUGUCCCCCGCCGCCUCCGCCGCGGCCCAGGCCUGCCGCCGCUGCCCGCUCGCCGGGUGGCCGUCUCCGCGACCAUCGCCGUCGACCCGAUUCAGGAUAUCAAAACUGAGCAGAAUGACGUUUCGAAGACUGAGGUGUUCGCGUGUCCUGUUUGCUAUGAACCACUGAUAAGGAAAGGGCCUCCAGGCAUGAACUUGUCCGCAAUUUAUAGGUCUGGAUUCAAGUGUUUGAAAUGCAACAAGUCAUACACCAGCAAAGACAUCUUCUUGGAUCUCACUGUCACUUCAGGAGCAAAAGAAUACAGCGAGCUAAAGCCAGCUAGAACUGAGCUGUUUAGGAGCCCGCUCGUCUCGUUUCUUUACGAGAGAGGAUGGCGUCAGAACUUCAACCGGAGUGGCUUCCCUGGUCGCGAUGAAGAGUUCCAAAUGGCUCAAGAUUAUUUCCAAUCAGUUGUUGGUGGUAUACUCGUUGAUGUCAGCUGUGGCAGUGGCUUGUUCGCAAGGAAGUUCGCAACCUCUGGGGCAUACUCAUCCGUGAUUGCUCUGGACUUUUCUGAGAAUAUGCUCCGCCAAUGCUAUGAUUACAUCAAGCAAGACGAUACCCCCCUAAACACGAACCUCGCACUUGUAAGGGCUGAUAUUUCAAGACUCCCCUUUGCUUCAUGUUCAAUUGAUGCCAUUCACGCUGGAGCCGCUAUACACUGUUGGCCAUCCCCUUCAAAUGCGGUAGCUGAAAUAAGCCGAGUGCUGAGGCCGGGCGGCGUCUUUGUGGGGACGACCUUCUUAUCCUCCCCCACUAACAGCGGUCCGUUCUCUGCCGGCGCGUUGAGACCACUAAGACAGAUUGUUGGACCGGUGAACAGCAGCUACAAUUUCUUCACGGAAGGAGAGCUGGAAGACCUGUGCAGAUCAUGUGGUCUGGUUAACUACAGCAGCAAGGUGCAGAGAUCGUUCAUCAUGUUCUCCGGGCAGAAGCCAUAGCCCAAGAAUAGCAUUCGAACUUACUCAGUGUAGCCACAGUAUAUAAAUGUAUAUAUUUUCUUUUCUGAAAUAGUAUACAAAUCUAUAUAUAUUGAUGUUAUCUGUUAAAAUUCAGUUGGCCGAA